GCUGGGACCUUUCCGUGUGCGUGUUUUUCUUUUCUAGGCAUAAAGUCCAAAACCAUUCUUCAUGUAGGUUAAUUGGUGACUAUAGGUGCAUCUGUGGGAGUGUGUGCCCUGUGACAAACUGGUGACCCGUCUGGGGUUUGCCUAUCAGUACUGGUUCCGGCUGGAAAAAAGGAUGUACCAAGUCAAGAAAAUGGAUGGAUGGAAUUUGCCUUAAAUUGAAUCAUCAAUUAAGUUGAUUCAUCGUUAGAAAUCUAAUUUUAAGCUUAAUUUUCUUUAUAUGUGUCCUCCAUCAUCAGAAAAAUGCUAAAAAAAAAAUGUUAAAAACACAAUUUCUAUGGGGCUGGGGGGUCUUGAAGGUUUUGGUCUCUGGAGAUCACAGAUUUCAAAGGGCCCCCCAGCCCCAUUACAGUUCAAAGUCAAAUACAAUGCCGGGUGGUGGGAUUCCAGUUUGCCAACUUGCAGAAAAACGCAAAGGGUGCACCAUAAAAUGAUGGGUCCUGGGCCAAGCAGACCCUCUGGGAGCCAAAUGCACUGAAUCCACCCGGGGAUGUUCAGCUUUCAUAUCUGAAUGGGUGGAUAUUUGCAAAGGUUGGAGUUUUGAACACAAAUGUGUAAAAAUCCAGCCCCUCUCCCCUGGUUUGGAUGAGAACAUCACAGAGUCUCUGCAUUUGCGCGCAGCUGAGUUCACUCUGUAUGAAUUAAUGAUGAUGCCCGCCUGUGAGAUGGGCUGGGAGGAACUGCAUCUGCUCGCGCACACAAAUGGUCUCUGUGCAGCUCAGAGCUCGCCGAUUACCAUUCCGAGCACAGCGCCUCUGGGUCAGCGAUGGAGCCGGGUCGGUGGUUGGCGGCGGUCUGAGGGGCAGCAGCAGCGGCAGAGGGGGGGUGUAACCCGCAAUGGCCGCAACCUUUAAACCCGCCCGGAUUACGCCGCGCACCGCCACACAGUGAGCGAGAGCCACAUCUGCUCGGAUUUCGCGCAACAGCGGGCGCUCGCCGCGCCAAAGACGUUCCUGGCGCCGUGGAUGCGCGCGGCGGAGAGGCGACCCGCGCGCGGCUGCAGCCCCCCGGACUGUGCGGGGAACCAAUGUGUGGAUUUGUGUGAAGGGCAUCGGCGGCUCCGCAGGCCGUUGCGCGCGCCGCUGUUAAGGGGACACCUGAAUUCCAGCCCGCAAUGCUCUCAGCCCCCCAGGGAGGAAACCCGCACCAAGCCGCGGCUGGAUGCUUCAUCUGCAAGGUCUAAUUCCCUGAUUCAAAGCCAAAUGGAGCUGUUCCUGGUGUUUCUGCUCAUGCUCAGCGUGGCCGUGGAGGCUCACAAAGUUCAAAUCUGCCCCAAACGCUGCGUCUGCCAGGUCCUCAACCCCAACCUGGCCACGCUGUGCGACAAAAAGGGUCUGCUGUUUGUGCCGCCAAACAUCGACAGGCACACGGUGGAGAUGAGGCUCGGCGACAACUUUGUCACCAGCAUCAAGCGCAAGGACUUUGCAAACAUGACCAAGCUGGUAGACCUGACCCUCUCCCGCAACACCAUCGGCUCCAUCGCGCCUUACGCUUUCAAGGACCUGGAGAACCUUCGAGCCCUUCACCUGGACAGCAACCGGCUGACCCACAUCACCAACGACACUUUCAGCGGCAUGUCCAAGCUGCACCACCUCAUCCUCAACAACAACCAGCUCAAACACAUCCACAUCGGGGCCUUCAAUGACCUCACUGCUCUGGAGGAGUUAGACUUGUCCUACAACAACCUGGAAAGCGCCCCAUGGAUCGCCAUCCAGAGGAUGUCCAGCCUCCAUACUCUUAACUUAGACCAUAACAUGCUCAGCUACAUUCCUGAGGGUACUUUCUCUGGACUGCAGAAGCUCAAGCGGCUGGAUGUGACCUCCAACAAGCUCCAAAAGCUACCUCCUGAUCCAGUUUUUCAAAGAGCUGGGGUCCUGGCCACCUCUGGAAUCAUGGGGCCGUCGUCGUUUGCGCUCAGCUUUGGAGGAAACCCCUUGAGGUGCAACUGUGAGCUCCUCUGGUUGCGGAGGUUGAGGCGGGAGGAUGAUUUAGAGACCUGUGCCUCGCCACAGCACCUGGCUGGACGGUACUUCUGGACGGUUGCAGAGGAAGAGUUUCUGUGUGAGCCUCCACUUGUCACAAGGCACUCCCAGGAGCUGCGAGCUUUGGAAGGUCAAAGUGUGACCCUGCGCUGUAAGGCCAGGGGCGAUCCCGACCCCGUCAUCCAUUGGAUCGCCCCAGAUGGUCGCCUCAUGUCCAACUCCUCAAGGACGGUGGUCCAUGCAGACGGAACACUGGACAUCCUCAUCAGCACGGUGAAAGACUCAGGUUCCUUCACCUGCAUCGCUUCCAACCCAGCCGGAGAGGCCCAGCAGGCCGUGUACCUGGCCAUCGCUAAACUCCCCCACAUUACCAACAAUACGGUGGCCGAGCAGGAGCCAGACCCCGGGUCAUCAGAUAUCGCCACUGUGACAAAGACGGGCGCAGCAGACCCGGGCGGCGUUCCUCUGGGGAACGCCAAGACGAGCCAGGAGAAGAAAGUGGUGAUUGCUGAGGCCACCUCCACAUCAGCGCUGGUCAGGUUCAACUUCCACAGGAGCAUUCCCGGAAUCCGCAUGUUCCAGAUCCAGUAUAAUGGGAGCUACGAUGAUUCCCUGGUGUACAGGAUGAUACCACCAACCAGUAAGGAGAUCCUGGUAAACAACCUCGCAGCUGGCACGCACUAUGACCUGUGUGUGCUGGCGAUCUACGACGACCAGGUGACGUCCCUGACGGCCACCCGGGUGAUCGGCUGCAUCCACUUCUCCACCGAGCCUCAGUACCUGCGAUGCCACUUCAUGCAGUCCCAGUUUCUCGGUGGAACCAUCGUCGUCAUCAUCGGUGGGAUCAUCGUAGCCUCAGUGCUGGCUUUUAUCAUCUUCCUCAUUGUUCGCUACCGGGUGUGUAACCAAGGAGAAGUAGAUAAGGCGCUGGAAAUGGGGGACAUUCGAUCGCUGAGCAGUGACGGACAGCUACAAGGCUGCGGGAUUCCCAAGUCCCUGUCCAAGCAGGCGCUGCGUCCAGAGAAGAAUGACAAGGACUGCCUUAAGGUGGUCCUCCCCCCGCCAGAGCCAGCCAAGCAGCGCCCGCCCGCCACGGUGCAGUCGAGCACGAAACCCUCCGUCCCCGACUGCACGGUGUCUACCUCUGCUGGUAGUCACAGUUGGCACCCGGCCUCCCCGGGAGCUCUGAGGCCCAAACGUUCCGGCGCCGCCCCAAAGCCCUCAGAGGCUCGGAGAGCUGAAGCACAAGCAGACGUGGAGUUCAACAACACGAACCGGAAUAACUCAUCAGAGGUCAAGGUGCCCGUCGUCCGUGCCGCCCUCGGGCAGACGGCCAAGUGGACUCCGGCUCCCAGGGGUCCUCGGCCGCACCAAACUUCUCGAUAUUACAUGACUGUGCCAGCAGAGGGCGUGAGGGUGAACCGCCGGCACUCUUUUAACGCGGACUCGUACAGGGAGCGGUGCUUCGUGGCCUACCCCAAACCCGGAGCCAGCCUGCGCUCCAAACGCAGCCUGUCCAUGAGCGGCGAGUUGCCGCAGAUCGAGGCGAACAUUCGCCGGGCCAGAGACAAACUCUCCCGCUCCGAGUGGCUUCUGGAGAGCACUUUAUGAUUCAUGACGUUCUGUUGGAUCGGUGUCCCGCCAUGAGACACGGGACUUUUCUGCCUUGUUUGAGCUUUGGUGCUCUUCAGUGAGGGACCAGAAGGAAGCACACGACGUUACUGGAAAAGUUUCACAACUGUUUUCUACCUUAUAACCUCUUGAAGUCUCCUUUUUAAUCAAACUUUGACUAAAGGCACAACAAUGUAUAAAAGCAACGAAAUGUACAAAGAUGUUUAGCUGUGUGUGCAACCACGCGUCUUCGUGCGGACGGACACACCAACCUGUAUUAUAACGAAGGGAUUCACCACACAGAGGAUUAUUAUUCUGCCGCCCUUUGCUUCGGGUGACCUCUGACCUCUGAGGACUCUGAACAGGAUCGGUGAGGACAGCCCGUUGCCAGAGGCGCAGGAAAUGAAUGUAGACACAAUUUCAUCCAAAACUCAGCACAAUGCAGCGUUUUGUGUGGCACAGCCUAAAACUGCCCUCCGGUUUGAAUCCAGUUUGAUGACAAAAAAGACCCAACUGCGAUGGGUUUCCAAUGCUUUGGGCCCAAACUCAACCAGCAGCACCGGCGCGGCCGGUCCAGCCGCUGACCUGAGUAAAUGAGCAAAGGGGUAUUUUUUUACUCGCAGAUGUUGUCUUGCCAACGUUAACCGCCGUAAAUCAACCUCUGGAUGUUUAAGCAACAAUCGCCGUGAGGACAGAAGGACGUUUGCUCUUGAUUUUUGUUGUCGUUUCUGUUUGAUGUUUACCAGUAAUAAUAAACCAGUAAAAAAAAAAAAAAA